UGAGUUAUUCUCUGGGACUGAGCUCGAACUCGGCUGCGUUUCCACUUUCCAGCACGAGCUACUGGCCUAGCCCGAACUGCCGACGUAGGUCGACUCACGUUUUCCAGUGCCCGUGCCCAAGAAAACCACGAUGCGUCUAAGUUGGACCCUAGACAGUCUUCUUCAUCCUCCACUCCCUCCAUUGCCGUCGCCGGCUGCUCCCUUCACUACAAGAAGGGCGACGGCGACCACCACAAUGGCGUCCACAGACACCACUUCUUCUUCGUCGUCUCUAUCUGCUACGCAGAGUGGCGUGCGUGUGCAGAUCUACCCGACGUCGAAUACCGGGGUCAUCACUCCCUUCUGGAGAGACAAGUACGAAAGGGAAGCGAGGAAGUACUGGGACAUCUUCUACAGACGCCAUGAGAACAGGUUCUUUAAAGAUCGUCAUUACUUGGAUAAAGAAUGGGGGCGUUAUUUCGAUGACGGGGAUGAGAAUGAUUCAAAGGGCUCUACCUCGGAUAAUAAGGGGAAGAAGAAAAUUGUGUUCGAGGUUGGCUGUGGAGCUGGGAACACAAUUUUCCCUUUACUUGCCACAUUUCCAAAUAUCUUUAUUUAUGCUUGUGAUUUCUCACCGCGUGCUGUUAAUCUAGUGAAGGGACACAAGGAUUUCAAAGCGGACUGUGUUGAUGUCUUUGUAUGUGAUCUGACAGUAGAUGACCUUGGCAACAAAAUUUUACCAUCUUCAGUUGAUGUGGUAACCAUGAUAUUUAUGUUAUCUGCAGUAUCACCUGAGAAGAUGCCACUAGUGUUGCAGAAUAUAAGAAGAGUGCUUAAGCCAAGUGGUUAUGUUUUGUUACGGGAUUAUGCCAUUGGAGACCUUGCACAGGAACGGCUAACUAGUAAAGAUCAGAAGAUCAGUGAGAAUUUUUAUGUCAGGGGUGACGGCACUCGUGCUUUUUAUUUCUCUGAAGAUUUUUUGCUUGGUUUACUUAAGCAAAAUGGAUUUAUCUGCAAAGAAUUUAUCAUACAUUGCAAGCAAGUGGAGAAUCGUUCCAGGGGAAUUGUGAUGGACCGCCGCUGGAUGCAAUGUGUUUUUUGCACUACUGAUGGUUCCAAUUCACAUGAGUCCUGCAACCACGUGAACUGUAUUCCAGAAUUCAAUGAUUCAGAAAAGCAUCAUCAAUCAAGUGAGACUGCAGUUCUUGCAAAUGAUGUCGAUAUCUCCGACAGUAUUCUUGUUGAUAUGUUCAACACUUCAACUAAUUUUUCUGAGAAGAUCAAUAUCGCCAUUGGUGACCACAUCUUCAACAUAAAGAUGCUUUCUAAAGAAUUUCAACAUACGUGCAAGUCAACGGGUUUGAUGCUGUGGGAGUCAGCUCGUUUGAUGUCUUCAAUAUUGGCUGACAAUCCUUCCAUAGUCACUGGGAAGAGCAUUCUGGAGUUAGGAUGUGGUUCUUCUGGUAUCUGCUCAAUGAUUGCUGCUGGUGCAGCAAAGCUGGUGGUUGCCACAGAUGGAGAUGAGAGAGCCCUUGACUUGUUAGGUCAGAAUAUCAUCUCAAACGUGUCCCCACCUUUGUCUGAUAGAAUGGCGUGGAAGAAAUUGGAAUGGGGGAACAGUGACGAUAUUGGUUCGGUGAAAGAAUUAUGUCCUCAGGGUUUUGAUGUGAUCAUUGGCACUGAUGUCACAUAUAUACCUGAUGCCAUCUUGCCUCUGUUCAAGACUGCUUCAGCACUGAUAUCGGGAGGAUCUACUGGGGAAUGCAAGCCAGUUCUUAUAUUGUGCCAUGUUCUGAGGAGAGUUGAUGAAGCAUCUAUACUUGAUGCUGCAUCACAGGCGGGGUUCACACUUGUUGAUAGUUGGCCAUUUGAAACCGGAAGAGAAACUUCUCAGCAGCUUAGAAUAGCCUCCAAAGGGAGGGGUUUGAUUGCAGGAUGGUUGUUGGGGGAUGUUGUUCAGAGAGAAUCUCAUAGUUCUGCACUUAACAUCAUGUGUUUUGAAUUUAGUAGGUUGGAGCAGCUCUGUUUGACGGAUGGAUGUGCAAUUGAUUGUCCACACUAGAUCUGUUCUCUGUAAGAGUAAUGCAAUAUUUUAUGGCACUCUGCGAGUUCAAGCCGAGAAGUAUGCCUGAAAGUUUUGGUGGAUGAGCGCUUUUCUUUCUUUGCAGCAAGAUGUUCUGUAUGUUUUUCUAUUUGUGCAUGUAGAGCUUUUCUUUUUGUACCAAGAAAAAGAAGAACAUGAGACAUGGGUUAAAAAGGAUGACAUUCAUGAUGACUAUGUCAAACGGACUCUUCAAAAAAGGGGCUACACUCGUGUCGACACGAUGUUGGUGCUGGUUUUA